AUGAUAAUGCUAGCAGGAGGACCCACCCACAUGAAUGUGAGAUCCAAUUUCUGCUCUCAAGAAACUUUCAUCAUCAUGAUUGUGGUCAUUCUAGCACUUGCUACCUGUCUAUCUAUCAAAGAAGAUAGAGUUAACCCUUCUUGCGGUGGACCCAUGGGCUAUAUUAACUGUAGUAAUAUGGCUCUUACUACAUGCUGUCAGAAUAAGGGAUACUUAAAUGAAGCAAUGUCAAAUAAAUGCUCCUUUGGACAUAGACCAAGAUUGGCAAGAAAACUUCAUACUCCACCACAGGGUUCUCUAAGUGUAACCAAGACGGCCUCAGAAAAGAAGGAAGUUUCUCCAAAGAAAAUUGAAAAGCCAGUCUCUUUAAAGAAUACUGACAAGAAAACAUCUCCAAAAAGCACUGAACAUAAAGACACGUUACCAAAUCAGCAGUCAUCUUCUUUCUUAAAAGAAAAUACAGGUGAAAGGAGCAAAGAUAUAGGCAGUGCAAAGCCAGAGAAAAAGAAUGACUGUUGCCUUCAGUAUAUUGAUGAUGAGUCCUCAGAAUCAACAGGUGAUGGUGAAGAAGACACCAGUGGAGAAGACGAUGAACAUGGGCAUCCUCCCAGUGCUACUCAGGCCCCACUGGAGUUAAUGGCAGAAUUCCUGAGAGCAGAAAUGAGCCGUGACUACCAUCUAGCAAAAAAAUUAUGUCAGAUGAUCCUAAUCUAUGAACCAGAAAAUCCUGAGGCCAAGGAGUUUUUCACACUUAUUGAGGAAAUGUUGCUGAAGGAGAAAGCCCAGAAUGUGGAGGAGGAGGCCGAAGACAGCGAGGAGGACAGCAGCAGCGAGAGUGAGGGAGAGAGCAGCGAGGAGGCGAGCGAGGAGAGCUCGGAGGAAGGCCAAGAGGGGUGA